GGGGGCGGGGCCUUCCAGAUCAAAAGUACCUCCUUCCAAACUCCUUUCCUGCCAGGUUUCUCACUUGCGGAGCCUUCGUCUCUCCCGAGGGCUGCAUCUGAAUGAAGUCUGGUUGCUUCAGAAAUCUGAUAAAGAAUCUGUUUGCAGAAAUGAACACUGAUCUCCCUAAGGCAGAGAGGAGUCCAUCGAACACUAGAGACGGGCCACUGGGGAAUGAAGUGAUGCCGGCAAGACCUCCUCAGCCAUCUCAUCUUUGCAAUGGAGGGGAAGCAGCUUCUGUGGAAUCAGAUCAGGGACCCUUGUCCUUUGAAGAUGUGGCCGUGCAUUUCACGGAGGAGGAGUGGGCGCUGCUGGAUCCUGACCAGAGAGCUCUGCAUCAGGAAGUCAUGGAGGAGAAUUAUGGAAUCGUGGCCUCUCUCAAAGGUGAUGAAUUGCAAUCCAAGAAUAAAGGAUACCACUACAAGAUCCACGCAGUGCAGGAGCCAUACCAAUAUUUGGAGUGUGGGGAGAGCUUCAGUCAGAGUUCCCAUGAAAAGACUCACAGUGGGGAGAAACCAUAUAAAUGCUUGGAGUGUGGAAACACCUUCAGCCAUAAGAAAAAUCUCAUUCCCCAUCAAAGAAUUCACACAGGAGAAAAACCACAUAAAUUCUUGGAAUGCGGAAAGAGCUUCUGUAACAGCUUCAUCCUUACUGUACAUCAGAGAAGACACACAGGAGAGAAACCUUAUCAAUGCUUGGAAUGUGGAAAGAGCUUCAGUCAUAGUUCCAAACUCACUUCCCAUCGAAGGAUUCACACAGGGGAGAAACCAUAUAAAUGCUUAGAAUGUGGAAAGAGCUUCCAUCAGAAGUCAAAUCUUACUUCUCAUCAAAAAAUCCAUACUGGGGAGAAACCAUAUCUGUGUUUGGAAUGCGGAAAGACUUUUAAUAGCAGCACACACCUCCAUCGCCAUCAAAGAAUUCACAGUGGAGAAAAACCAUAUAGAUGCUUGGAAUGUGGAAAGAGCUUUAUUCAGAGUUCGCAACUCACUUCCCAUCUACGAAUUCACACAGGGGAGAAACCAUAUACAUGCUUGGAAUGUGGAAAGAGCUUCAGUAAUAGCACAACCUUAAAUACUCAUCAAAGAAUUCACAGUGGGGAGAAGCCCUAUGAAUGCUUGGAGUGUGGAAACACCUUCCGCCAGAAGAAAAAUCUCGUUUCCCAUCAAAGAAUUCAUAGUGGGGAGAAGCCCUACCAAUGCUUGGAAUGUGGAAAGAGCUUUAUUCAGAGUUCCCAACUUACUUCCCAUCAAAGAAUUCAUACUGGGAACAAACCGUAUCAGUGCUUGAAAUGUGGAAAGAGCUUCCGUCAUAGCUCAGGCUUUACUGUACAUCAGAGAAGCCACACAGGAGAGAAACCAUAUAAAUGCUUGGAAUGCGGAAAGAGCUUCUGUAACAGCUUCAUCCUUACUGUACAUCAGGGAAGUCACACAGGAGAAAAACCCUAUCAAUGCUUGGAAUGUGGAAAGAGCUUCAGUCAUAGUUCCAAACUCACUUCCCAUCGAAGGAUUCACACAGGGGAGAAACCAUAUAAAUGCUUAGAAUGUGGAAAGAGCUUCCCUCAGAAGUCAAAUCUUACUUCUCAUCAAAGGAUCCAUACUGGGGAGAAACCAUAUCAGUGUUUGGAAUGUGGAAAGACUUUUAAUAGCAGCACAAACCUCCAUCGCCAUCAAAAAAUUCACAGUGGAGAAAAACCAUAUAGAUGCUGGGAAUGUGGAAAGAGCUUCAUUCAGAAAAGUGAUGUCACUUCCCAUCUACGAAUUCACACAGGAGAGAAACCAUAUACAUGCUUGGAAUAUUGAAAGAGCUUCCAUAAAAGCACAAAUUUCCAUUCUCAUCAAAGAAUUCACAGUGGUGAGAAGCCCUACCAAUGCCUGGAUUGUGGAAACACCUUCCACCAGAAGAAAAAUCUCGUUUCCCAUGAACGAAUUCACAGUGGGAACAAACCACAUCACUAGAAUGUGGAAAGAGCUUCCGUCAUAGCAUCAGCCUUACUAUACACCAGAUAAGCCGAGAAAAACCAUAUAAAUGCUUGGAAUGUGGAAAGUGCUUUAUUCAGAGCUCCCAACUCACUUCCCAUCAAAGAAUUCACAGUGGGGAGAAGCCCUACCAAUGCAUCACUGCUAAAAUGUGGAAAGAGCUUCCAUCAUAGCAUUCACCUUACUAUAGAUCAGAGACGCCACACAGGAGAGAAAACAUAAAUGCUUGGAAUGUGGAAUGAACUUCCAUCAAGUCAGAUCUUACUUCCCAUCACAGGACCCAUACCUGAGAGAAACCAUAUAAAUGCUUAGAAUGUGGAAAGAGCUUCAGCUGCAAGAAAAGUCUCAGUUCCCAUCAAAGAAUUCAUACAGAAGAGGAACCAUGGAAUGGCUUGAAUUCUAGGUGUUUUUAAUAUGCAAUUGGACAUAAAAUGUGGAGUUUGAAAACAUUUUGUGCAGUUGGAAAGCUGAUAAUAUGCAUUUUCAAAAAUGGGGGGUAGACAUAUUAGGCAUUUGUAGUUAUUAAGCAUUUAAAUGACAAGCAGUGCCAGGGACAGUCUAUAUUAUCAUCAUCAUCAUCAAAUGUAUUCCGUUUCCAUGAUUAAAAUAAGCUGCUCAAACCAUAUUAAUAACAAAGUCUUCCUUUCGGCCUGAACCUUCUCCACCUUUAUCUUUUGGCAGGUACCUACUUCUGAAGCCAAUGCAAAACAGAUGAUCUGGGGUCCCAGUUGGCAAAUGGGAGCAUCCAUUUAUAUUGGAUAUACAGAUUUCCAGUUAUAGGUUUCCAAUUAUAGUCAGGCCCUGCUUUUACUUUUAAGCACAACACUUGCACUUAUGAGCUUCUUGACAUCGGCACUAUGAAGUUUGACAGCCAGACUGAGGGCAAGGAUUGCAACAGUGUUCUUGUAGUUUGGUAACCCUCCAAAGAAUUUCAUUUUGUCUUCCAAAGCCAUGGAGCGCACACUCUCAACACACUCAGUGCUCAGUUUCUUCAUAUUCCAUCUCCAGAUCUGUGCAAUUAGUAACAUGACCCUUGAAGAGUUAAAUAUUAGAACUUUAUUUUGAGCUAAAGUUAGACUCCACCCCUUGGCCAUUCCUUUGCUCUGCUUUUCAGUUUCCAUUUCCAUUGUGUUCUCUACCCAGCCAGCAAUAAAGAAGCAUGUUUUCUUGCCUGCAGCAAGAAGUAAGAACAUAAGAACAUAAGAAGAGCCUGCUGGAUCAGG